AUGGGUCUUGAUGAUUCUCAAAUCUCAAAUAUGGAAAACGGCAAUCUUCUUCCUUUGAUGGUCUCCACAAACCCUAGAAUACAUUUAGCUCAAAAGUUGUUAGCAGAAUUCAUCGGAACAUAUUGUAUCAUAUUCGCCGGAUGUGGAUCUGUCGCGGUUAAUAAGCUUUAUGGUGGCACUGUAACUUUCCCCGGAAUUUGUGUGACUUGGGGUUUGAUCGUCAUGGCUAUGAUUUACACCGUCGGCCAUGUUUCAGCCCACUUUAAUCCGGCUGUCACUAUUACUUUGUCUCUUUUAGGGUUGCAUUCGUUUCAAGAGGUUAUUUUUUAUAUAUUAUCACAGUUAUUAGGAUCGAUUUCUGCAAGUGGAACAUUGUCGUUGAUAAUGGAUGUGACUCCAGAAGCUUUUUUUGGAACUACACCAGUUGCAUCAACAACACAGUCGUUUGUUGUUGAGAUCAUCAUUACGUUUAUUCUAAUGUUUGUAAUUUCGGGUGCUACUAAUGAUCAUAGAGCGAUAAAGAAGCAUGGAGGGAUUGCAGUUGGAAUGACGAUUAUGUUAAAUGUCUUUGUGGGAGGACCAAUUUCUGGAGCAUCGAUGAAUCCUGCAAGGAGUCUUGGACCAGCUAUUGUGAAGCUUAACUUCAAAGGGAUUUGGGCGUACAUCUUCGGUCCACUCAUUGGAGCAAUUUCUGGAGGAUUUGUUUAUAAUUUGUUGAAGCCGACUAAGAAAUCUUUUUGUGAGAUUUUUAAUAAAAGAAGUUAA